GAUGCGCCAUAGCGUUGUUGUACGGUUGCGAGUUACAUACGUUUAGGUUAGUCUCCAUUUCGUCGUGCUUUGCUUUCCAAACAUCUCGUCGCAACUUCGGAAGCAACGACGAGAAAACUGCUACACCUCAUACAGGAUUUUGCUAGGAAGCUAUGCAGCACUGAUAGCGUUCCCUGAUAGAUAAUUACAGAGGAAGCAGUUCGGCCAGAAACGGAUGUUACAGGAAGUGCGUUGUACCAACAGUUGAGGUACACAAGGUCAACCAAUUAUCCAAUAAUGCGUAACCGUCUAUUUUGUUUUGCGGAGAAAUAUUUACAGACUAAGUGACUGUUUAGAUUAAUAAGCUGUAUUGAUAAAGCAUUAACAAACACGUGCCUAAAUAUAUAUUUCGAUUUGGUAUAUGUCUUGUUCUCUGAGGAAACAGCCGUAACUGAUAGGGGAUAUUGAUAGAUAAGAUAAAUCUUAGUUUGUUAGAAACUCUAGGUGUGGGAGGAACGUGUAAGUUAUGACUUUGGAACUGAACACCUGUUUUUAUAGUUAUUCUCGCAGGUGAAACAAACUGCCGAAUAACUGAAGCAAAGAUGUGAAUCAUACCUAACGAGUUUAAGUCUUUUACCAUAGCGACGCUACUUAUUUUCAAGUCUGGCCUAAUGAGUAUCUGGAGCAGUGAUUCUGAAUCUCAGGAUAUGGCUGGGUUUUCUACAGAACUUCUUCAUAUUCCUGGAUCUGAAAUCAACAAGCCUUCUACCUCGCGAAAUACCAGCGGAUCAAGACGGAGCAGCCCUAGAAGCAGUCUACGUUAUCGUUCUCCGUCUCCAACUAAUUCAUCCAGCCAUGUUGGUGGUACGCAUUACAAGGAAACAACGCUGGUAGAUGAGCACUUGACAACCGCAAUUACAGACUCUGCUGGCAGGACUAACUCACCACAAACACCUUUGGUGAGAAGGGUAUCAGUGAAACCUUCUCGUCAUUCAGACGACGAUAUCGGUGUGGGGCUCUCUGGGGGAAAAGAAAAUGGCCAAGGAAUCUUUGUGUCAAGCGUAAAAAAAGGUAGCGGAGCAGACAGGUCUGGAUUGAAUGUAGGGGACCAGAUUCUAGCUAUCAAUAACAUUUCAUUUUCGGACUUCACGCUCCAAGAGGCUAUAAAUAUUCUCUACUCGGCAAAACGGAAAGUUCAACUGACCGUGAUUCCUUCUCGAAGCCAAGAAACUACUCAUAAUGUGGACCUUCUUCACUACCUGUGGAUGGACAGCGAGGGACGACCAGUUUCUCCGCUGAUGGACUUAGCCUAUGAUUCUUCGCACCACCGCGGAAUUGGAGGAAGGGACAACGGGAUCAGAACUGUGACCUUAAAUGUGGAGAAAGGCUUACCUCUGGGGCUACUGAUACGUGGAGGUAUGGAAGAUGGCUUAGGAAUUUUUGUGACAGGGGUUGAUAACCCAUCUGCUGCUGACUUGGCAGGGUUACGGGUUGGUGACCAAAUAUUAUCUGUUAACGACAAAAGCUUUAAGUCUAUCAGACACGAUGAAGCUGUCGACAUUCUAAAAUUUUCACCGCGCAUGACCAUGACCGUCCGAUUCGUAGGAAAAGUUCCACACGCUUGCACUCCCUACAGCGGACAAUCUUGGUAUCAAGAUCAUCAACAGUUAUCGUCACCACGGUUAUCUAGAAGAGGAAGCUCCAGAAAACGGGAGAAGCCCAGAGACUUAGAGACUAUAUCUACCUCUCCCACGGAAGAAGCCGAGAAGAUCCUAGAUCACAGAGCACAGCAAGUAUUGACUGAGAAUGAGAAAAUAUCCUUGGCAUAUUACUGUAACGAAUAUGAAACUAGAGCUAUGACUGUAGACGCCUUUGUAGCAGUCUUGAUGGAGCUAUUGGAAAACCCAGAAAAGUAUCUAUUGAUGACUCAUAUCCGAGGAAUUGUAAGACGAGAAGACCUGGAUAAAUUUGAUGACCUGAUAUACAAACGUGAAAUACAAACUAUAAAGAAAGAGGCUCAUUCACCGCGUGGAAGCUUUCGAAAAAUGAAUGUUUCUCACCAUCAUCGCCUCACUGUCCCAGAUCAUCUAACACCUCACAAGGAGGAGCCACCUGCCAAAAAUGGUGGCACAUCGAGUCAAGAUAGCGAUGUAGAUGUGGUCAAUGGAAAUAUGUCUAUGUAUGGAAUGUCUAAGAGUGCAAGGAGCGUACAUAGUUCUAGGCUUCAGGUGUCAGAUAAUCACCGCAAGUUUGGUCUAUGGAAAUACUCAAGACUCCUUCCCCGUCACUCCCUCAAAAGUGACACAAAGGGGACCAACCCUGCGACACUUCUUCGCCGACUCACUCUCAGGAGACACAGUAGUGGAGGCGAAGGAGUCAACCCUGAAGAACGUCGAGUCUCCAGCCGUGUAACAGAAGAGAGAAGAUGGAGCCUUGGAAGUGAGCUGUUGGAAACUCACGAGAAUGAUAAGCCUGAGUCUCGCCCAGUUUCAUCUGUGCAGCGAGAGCGCAAGUCACCAAACUUGCCUUCUUUUAAUGGCACCCAAGAAAACUUCUCUAACUGGCUUCAAGUUCCUCACACUAGAGUGCGCCGCCACCGCUCCCUUCCUGAUCCUCAUGCAAUAUGUGCUCGAAAACACCAACAACUCCAACUCCCUCUACAUCAACACAGGAGCGCUUCGAUGAGACUUCCGGGUCAUCGUGCCACUCCUGAACCCAAUGGAAGGUUAAGAAUAGUUAUUAAAAAGACAAGGCCUUUGCUGGGUAUCGCCAUUGAAGGUGGUGUUAACACGGGACAACCUUUACCUAGAAUCAUCAGUAUUCACGCUUCUGGAGCUGCGUUUGAAGCUGGCGGUUUAAAGGUGGGACACAUUAUCUUAGAAGUGAACGGUUUUAAGACUAGUAAAAUGGAGCAUCGUCAGGUGGCGCAGUUGAUUGCCGAAUCCUUUUACAACUCAGAUAGCGAUCAACUGGAGCUUUUGGUCAUGGAAAAAGCUAAAACAGAACUAGAAAUAAGAAGGUCGUCUUUCAUGGUUUUAGAGUGACAAGUAGGCAUGGCAAAAACGCAUCCACCUAUUUCAAUGGAUUAUUGUGCACUGAACAUGGACUGAGGGUGAUGGAUUUAUCUUUAAUAUCCGAUGAGACAAUUUUGGUUGGAUAAUAUCUUUAGUGUUUAUUUUAUACAAGUUAUAGCUUUUACAGUAAGUAAGAUUUGUAUUUAGAUCAGGUACGACGUUUCGAUCACUGGUGCGAUCACAAGUUUUUAUUGUUUCUUCUUCCUGUUCUAAAUAGAUAUGGUAAAGAAAAAUCUUAAAAAAUACACUCAGAAGAGGUUAACGGUUGUAAAUUCUGACUGAAAACCGUUUUUCUUAUAGAAUUUUUACCUUGAAAAACGACAGUGAAUAUAAGCGGUGUUAUUGUACCUUCAAUAUUGCUUUCUGUAUUAGUGUUGUACAUUACGACGUAUGUCACAUAGGUAUCGAGACAUGUUGCUAAAGAAUAUAGACAGCUUUCGUUGUUUAAAGAAAACAGGAAAAAUUAAAUACUUGAAAAAUCUUACAGUUCAUCUACGCUCAGCGUCUGAUGAUGAUAAUAACAUGUACACACUUCAGCUCCCUGGACUUUCAAGGACCAUAAACAAUUAGAAUAGUUAGAUUCUCAAAAUACAUUUGUAAUAAAACUAUAAGGGCUUAGAAAUUCCCUCUAGAUUUCAUGUCAAAAUAUAUGAAGAUGUAGUAGGCCGAGGUUUAUUAGUGUAAAACAGCCAGUGCCUUUAUAUGAAAAGCAGCAUAUAAUUUACUAAAUUUUAAUGGACGACCCUAUAAUAAGCAUUAUAUUUGAUAUCAUGACAGUUAUAAUAGUAACUCCGUUUUUUAAGGAUUGUGUAUAACAAAAAUUGUGUGAUAUCAUGAUAUAACCGUAUCUCAAUAGGUAUGUAUUUAACAGAAGUUAUGUAUCAUAUCAUGAUAUGACUGGUAAUAAUAAUAGUAUUUGCAUUUUAGCAGGUGUACGUUUAAAAAAAAUUAUGAUAUCAUGAUAUAUCCGGUAGUAACUAUAGUGAUUGUGUCUCAUAAAUAGAGCUUGUAAUUAAAACUGUACGUGAAACCGUUAUAUUACCAACAGUAAUUAUGGUAACUACAUUUUAAUGGAGGAGCUUUCAGUUAAAAUAUGUGAUAUCAUGAUAUGAUCGGCGGAAAUCAUAGUAAAUGCCUCUCUGUAGAAAAUAUUUUAAGGAAAAGUCGAUGUGAUAAAAUAGUAUUGAUAAUUAUAGCAUUAAACAUUAUAGACAUUAUAUUAUCUCUAAUGACUUUUAUACAGUUUUUGUGUGAUAACCCAGUAACGAUAAUAAUAUCCGUAUAAUUAAUUAGUGAUAAAGUUGCUGACUCUUUCUUCUCAUCAUACUAGCAACUAAACAUCUUCAAGUCAAAGGCACAACUCGCUUGCCAAUGAUCGUUUUUAAAAUUCGAAAUUUUCAAACUGCUGUGGCAAUGAUGUAAUCCACUUAUAACAUCGUAGGAAAUCUUUACUGUGUUGAAUACCUUCAAUCAGCUAAUGGCUGGCAUCUCUGCAUCGUGAUUUCUCAAACAAUAAAAUAUUGUAGAUAAAGGACAAGUAACUCGUAAAAGUGUAUGUUUGGGGGAGGGGGUAUGAGUCAGGAAAGCUUGUUAGUUCUUGCUGAAUAUAUGUUUGAUUCUGGAUAAAAUACACUCUACGUUUUCUUUUGCAACAAAAAAAUGCCCCCAGUAGCACAGCGGUAUGUCUGCGGACUUACAACGCUAGAAUCCGGGUUUCGAUUCCCGUGGUGGGCAGAGCACAGAUAGCCCAUUGGUAGCUUUGUGCCUAACUACAUACAAACAAACAAACAAAAGCAUAAAACAAAAACUAUACCGCUUCUCUUAAUUAAUGCUUCAGUUGCUUAUGUUCAAGAUAUUGUAAUUGUAGUUAACAUCAUUAUUUCGUGCAAUUUGACAGAUCAUUUUUUAAUACAAAAUAUUACAUCCGAUAAAAGUUCUUGCAGUGCUCUACAAUGAUUUUAACAUUUCAAGUUUUAAAUCUAUGAUAUAGAUAACAGUGUACGCUAAAUAGGAGCUGUUCAAAUAAUGACUUACAUAAAAAUACAUAUUUUCAUUUUCUUAAUGUUUCAAGUUCUUUGGAACAAUAUAAUCAUUGAUCGUAAUAUGAUGAAAAGUAGUAGCAGUAAUAGACAUGAUCUUUGAUAUAAAAAUAUCAGUUGAUAAAUGUUUAGUUGAUGUAGUAUAUCUUGGAUAGAAAACACACUGAUCUGCUCACGUGAUGUAUGUCUUUUUUUUAAUUUUUUCUCUUCCUCCUUGAAUGACUUGAUACUAAAUUUUCCUCUCCAAUAAACUUUCAGUGAGAUUCCAAGCUUCUGGUAUUUUUAUUUUGCUAUAUUGGAAAGAAUGAUUUUUUUUUAUAUUGUCAGAUCAAGAGGUAGAUGAUAGUGACCUCGGCAUGGCCAAGUGGUUAGGGCGCUCGACUCGUAAUCUGAGGGUUCGCUUUUCAGCCGUUAUAACGUGACGGUCAAUCCCACUAUUCGUUGGCGGUGGGUGGUGAUGA